UGAUGGCUCUAUGAGCAGACCAAUACAGUUUAAGGAUGGAGACACAUUGCCUGGGCAGAGAUCAGUCCAUCUGAGGAGAUCAGACUCACCUGAGAUCAGCUGUGUGUCUAUGAAGAGUGAUGGGUCUAUGAGUAGACCAAUACAAUUUAAGGAUGGAGACGCAUCACCUGAUCUAAGGUCAUUAAUGUUGUCUGGAUCAGACUCAGCAGAUCAGAUCAGAGCAUCUGUGAAUGAUCAGUCUGUAAAUGAUCUACACUCUGAUGAAAGUGACUGCUAUAGUUCGAGUUAUUAUUGUCAAUUUGCCGAAGUCCUCAACACAUUCAAAUCAAAUCUGAGGAAGAAGUUUGAGUGUUUGUGUGAGGGAAAAUCAGGUGAGAGAAACCCAACACUGCUGAAUGAGAUCUACACAGAGCUCUACAUCACAGAGAGUGAAAGUGGAGAGAUCAGUAAUGAACAUGAGGUGAGACAGAUUGAGACACAAUACAGGAGAACAGCAACAGAGGACACACCCAUCAAAUGCAAUGACAUCUUUAAAGCUUUACCUGCACAAGACAAACCCAUCAGACGUGUGCUGACAAAGGGAGUCGCUGGCAUUGGAAAAACCGUCUCUGUGCAGAAGUUCAUUCUGGACUGGGCUGAAGGGAAAGAGAAUCAGGACGUCCACCUCAUAUUUCCACUUCCUUUCAGAGAGAUCAACUUGAUAAAGAAGAAAACACUCAGUCUUUUACAUCUUCAUCUUUUCUUCCCAGAGACAAAAGAAAUGGAAAUCUCCAGCGGUGACUAUAAAGUGUUGUUCAUCUUUGAUGGUUUGGAUGAGUGUCGUGUGUCUCUGGAUUUUCACAGCAGUGUGAGGUUGUGUGAUGUCAGUGAAUCAGCCUCAGUGGACGUGAUGCUGACAAACCUCAUGUUGGGGAAUCUGCUUCCCUCCGCUCUCAUCUGGAUCACCUCCAGACCAGCGGCAGCUGAUCUCAUCCCCUCUGAGUGUGUGGAUCGAGUCACAGAGGUACGAGGCUUCACUGACAAACAGAAGGAGGAAUACUUCAGCAAGAGAAUCAGCGAUGAGAGUCUGGCCAACAGAAUCAUCUCACACCUGAAGUCAUCCAGGAGCCUCUACAUCAUGUGUCACAUCCCAGUGUUCUGCUGGAUUUCAGCCACUGUUCUAGAGAGAAUGUUGAGUGAAGCAGAGAGUGAAGGAGAGAUCCCCAAGACUCUCACUCAGAUGUACACACACUUCCUGAUCAUUCAGACAAACAUCAAACAUCAGAAGGACUAUGAGAAGAAGGUGAAGAAUGAUGAAGACAUGAUCUUCAAACUGGCCAAACUGGCGUUUGAGCAGCUCGUGAAAGGCAACAUGAUCUUCUAUGAUGAGGACCUGAGAGAGUGUGGCAUUGAUGUAGCAGAAGCAUCAGUGUACUCAGGAUUGUGCACUCAGAUCUUCAGAGAGGAGUUUGGCUUGUAUCAGGGGAAAGUUUACUGCUUUGUUCAUCUGAGCGUUCAGGAACAUCUCGCAGCUCUUUAUGCUCACAUCUCCAUCACAAACAACAAGAGAAAUGUGUUUGGAGCAGGUCGGCUUUCAAGAGUUCGGAGCAGAGUGAAAAAGAAAUCAACAGAACAGGUUUUAUUAUUUGAGUUUCAUCAGAGAGCUGUAGAUGAAGCUUUGCAGAGUCAGAAUGGACAUCUGGAUCUUUUCCUGCGUUUUCUUCUGGGUCUCUCACUGGAGUCCAAUCAAACUCUCUUACAGAAUCUACUGACACAGAUAAGAAGAUGCUCCUACAAGAAAGAGGACACUGUUAAGUACAUUAAACAGAAGAUCAGUUUGAAUCUGUCUCCAGAGAAAUCCAUCAAUCUGAUUCACUGUCUGAAUGAACUGGAUGAUGAUUCACUGCUGCAGGAGAUUCAACAUCAUGUGAAAUCUAGAUCGGUAACACAGUCCAAAUUCUCCUCUUCACAGUGGUCAGCUUUAGUUUUUGUGUUGCUGAUGUCUGAACAGUAUUUGGAUGAACUUGAUCUGAAUAAAUUUAUUGGAGGUGAAAAUACAGCGGAUGAAGUUCUUGUGAAACUGCAGCCUGUGAUUAAAGAAUCCAGAAAAGUUCAGUUGAGUUAUUGUUGUAUCACAGAUGAAGGUUAUGCUGCUCUGACUUCAGCUCUGAGAUCAAACCCCUCACACCUGACACAUCUGGAUCUGUUCAGUAAUAAUCUUGGAGAUUCAGGAGUGAAGCUGAUCUGUGAUGUACUGGAGAAUCCUCACUGUAAACGGGAGACACUGAAUUUGAACUUCUGUGAUAUCACAGCUGAAGGUUGUGCUGCUCUGAGUUCAGCUCUGACAUCAAACCCCUCACACCUGAAAGAACUGGAUCUGUCUUAUAAUAAACUUAUAAGAGAUUCAGGACUGAAGCUGAUCUGUGAUGUACUGGAGAAUCCUCACUGUAAACUGGAGACACUGAAGUUGAGUCAGUGUAAGAUCACAGAUGAAGGUUGUGUUGCUCUGACUUCAGCUCUGAGAUCAAACCCCUCACACCUGACACAUCUGGAUCUGUCUGGUAAUAAUGUAGGAGAUUCAGGAGUGAAGCUGAUCUGUGAUGUACUGGAGAAUCCUCACUGUAAACUGGAGACACUGAAGUUGUGGAGGUGUUCUAUCACAGAUGAAGGUUGUGUUGCUCUGACUUCAGCUCUGAGAUCAAACCCCUCACACCUGAGAGGUCUGCACCUGUCUGUGAAUGAUUUAAGAGAUUCAGGACUGAAGCUGAUCUCUACUGUACUGGAGAAUCCUCACUGUAAACUGAAGAAACUGAUGAUGAGCUGUUGUGAGAUCACAGAUGAAGGUUGUGUUGCUCUGACUUCAGCUCUGAGAUCAAACCCCUCACACCUGACACAUCUGGAUCUGUCUGGUAAUAAUGUAGGAGAUUCAGGAGUGAAGCUGAUCUGUGAUGUACUGGAGAAUCCUCACUGUAAACUGGAGACACUGAAUUUGAGGUCUUGUAAGAUCACAGAUGAAGGUCGUGCUGUUCUGGAGUCAGCUCAGAGAUCAAACCCCUCACACCCUGAGACAUCUGUACCUCUGAGUAAUCUGAAAUAAUAAUCUGAAAUAAUACGAAGCUAUUAUCUGAUCCCCAUUAAAUCCAGUAUUAGACAUCAGAAUACUGCAACAUCAACAAAUAAUGAUCAUUUCCACUCAAGUCAGUACAGUUCAUUUUAUAAUUCUACUUCAUUUACAGUUGAUUGAACCAACUUUGGCUGACAAGAAUGUAGAUCUUUCAGAUCCAAGAGUCUCAUUAGAUCCAUGUUUGUCAGGAAAUGACCAGGGCCCGUUUCAGUGAAAACUCUGAGUAAAUUAACCCUGAAAUGAGGGAAACUCUGGGUUUUCUGUUUCAGAAUGUGAGGUAUGUCAAACCCGAGAAAGAGGGGUAACUCAAGCCCGUUUCUAAAGGAGAGGUACUUAUACUCAGAGUCAGUAACCAUAGUAACUUACUAUGUGAACCUAACCUGGUCGGGAGCAGGUUAUCUUUGGUAAACCCAGAGUUUAUUUCCAUCUCCUCCCCCUUUUAAAGCGCCAGUGGUGUACCUCAUUCAUUAAUACAGUCAUUCAUGGCACAUUUUGAUCACACAGAGACCAUCUCAGUGACUUAUAUGUCAUAUGUGCUUUUAUAGAGGAUUCAUGAAGAGGCUGCAUUCAUUCAUUGGGAUGUACUUUGAUUUCAGGAGAGCAAUUUAGGACCCGAGUGGAAUUUUGUCAUUUCCAUGUGUAUUUUUAUUAAAACUGUACCGUUUUUCUUUACAGUGAAUUAGAUAUUUCAAAAUAUAUCUCAUCCAUUCUUACAUCAAUAACAUCAGCCACCGUACGUGUAUUACAUCAGAGCGUAAUUUUCUAUGGACGAUGAGAAAUGACUUAAUAAAGUGUAUAAUAAAGUGCAUGAAUAAAGAAAUUAAUAAAUACAGACAUACA